AUGGCAACCAGAAUCAACCAAACCGACCUACUCGUGCUGUUUAUGGACCCUUUGACGGACUUCCUCGCUUCGCACAAUAUCUCUGCUGCCCAGAUUCGCUCAACAGCCGAUGCUCGUCGUAGAGCAGCUGCAACCGAAGAAGAAGCUGAGGAUGAGAACGGCAACGGCGAGUCUUCUGCAGCAGGUGCCAGAUCCGGGCGACGCUCUGGUGGCAAUGAUCAGGAUGCAGCUGCUGUCAAGCGCAGACGAGAUGAAGAGAAGAAACUUUCAAAGAUCAAGGAAAGCAAGGCUUUCAAGAAGCGCAAGAAGAAUACCGAAGAAUCCGACGAUGAAAUUGCGCGUGCACUUAUGGAACAGUCAUCUGGUCCUAUGCCUGGUCAGAUGGAAAACUGUGAAAUUUGCGACAAACGUUUCACUGUCACACCCUACUCCGUCGCGGGUCCUGACGGCGGACUUCUCUGCAGCCCUUGUGGAAGGGAGGUAGCCAAAGAGCGACAGGGUGCGAUAAAGAAGAAACCCAAGAAGCAGCCUGGUGGCGUGGGUGGUGUUGGCAGACGCCGUGCCAUCCAAAGUCGAAUUCUCGAUGGUGACGUUGGUACUAAGAGUUUGGCUACUCUUUGUGUACAGACCCUGUCUAAGAACGUCGACUUGGCUGACAGUCUCGGCGACCUUCCUGAUCACCUAGUCGACAAGAUUGCGCGCAUGUUCUCUAAGCGUCGACUUCUCAACCCAGAAACUUUACCGCUUUUCGUUCAGCCAGGCACGGAGACAUUGCAUAUCUACGACGGUGCAAAGCUUGGUGAACAAGACUACUUCUCUAUCUUUCAAACUGCCCCUAAGCUACGACAUCUCAAGAUCCGAUGUGGUAUUCAGUUCAAAGAUGAGGUCAUGGACUAUCUUCUGUCCCGCGAUACUGCCCUCGAAACAUUUUACCUCCAUGGGGCGAACCUCUUGAGCGAGGAUAAGUGGCAUGAAUUUAUGCAAGCCAAGGGUCAGACGUUGAAGGGUCUUCAAGUCUCCUACACCGAUAAUCAUUUCGGCGAUGAGAGCAUAGCCGCUCUGAGAGACCACUGCCCCAAUCUGAAGCGGCUCAAAGUUGAACACAACCAGAAGCUUACCAACGACGGUGUCAAGACUAUUGCAGAAUUGGCAGGGCUAGAGCAUCUCGGACUUCAACUGGUACAUACGACACGAUCCGACGCUUAUAUCAAGGUCGUUUCGAGUAUCGGUGCUAAACUUCAGACACUAUCUUUGAAGAUCGUCCCUGAGGUUGACGAUGGAGUACUACGAGCCAUUCAUGAUCAUUGUCGCUCUCUUACCAAGCUCCGAAUUACAGAUAGUGAGAACAUGACUGAUGAUGGAUUUGUCGAUCUGUUUGCCAACUGGGCCAAUCCUCCCCUACAUUUCGUAGAUCUUCAGAAGUGUCGGCAGAUUGAUGCGAGCAAGCCUCGAGAGAACCCUGACAACAUUGGACUCUGUAGCAAAGGUUUCAAGGCGUUGAUGGUUCAUUCAGGCCAUAAGCUCCGACAUCUCAACAUUCAUGCAUGCCGACACAUCUCACGCGAGGCUUUCGAGGAGGUGUUUCACCAGGGCGCUGUUUAUCCUGAACUGAAGAAGGCCGAGAUCAGCUUCUGUGAAGAGGUGACUGAUUUCAUUCUGGGGUCCAUCUUCCGAGCUUGUCCAAACAUUCGAGAGGUCAAUGUUUUUGGAUGUAUGAAGGUGAAGAGUGUCCGCGUACCUCGCGGUGUCAUUCUCGUCGGUGUACCUAACGCGCAGGGCAUGGUCGUUGAGGGAACUGGCUAUUGA